UUAAUCCCUGUGGAGAAAAGGAUAAUGUUAGAAUAUAUUAAGAGCAAUACAUAUAAUUAUUUCUUAUAUUGUUUACUAUUUCACGUGACUACCAUGUAAACGGUAUUCAAACAAAGAAUGUGUUAAGAGCUAUAAAAGCAAUUCUGCUUCUUACAAUAUCAGCAAACGAUAAUAUAAACGACUGCAGCUGAACAACAAGAAAGGUGAUCACCCGGAAUUUGCAAGAAAAUGAAAUUCACCUGUUUCGUCUUGGCAUUGAUAAACUUAAUCGCAGUGAUCUUCGCCGAACUUUCUUUCCAUGAGGGAAAGAGAAGUUUUUCUGAACUUGGCUGCAUGGGUGUCUACGAUAAAGCCAAGUUCGCCAGGCUGGACAGAGUAUGCGAGGAAUGCUACCAGCUUUUCAGAGAAUCGGAUGUCCACACUAUGUGCAGGUCCAACUGUUUCAAGAACAAUCUCUUCACGCAGUGUGUGGACGCUUUGUUGCUUCAAAAGGAUCAGCAGCAGUUGGGAACCAUGGUAGAAGAACUUUACGGUAGAAAAUGAAAUAGAAUGGUGGCUAUCAUAUGAAAAAGUCAGUACAAAAUGGGACAUGGAACCAACCAAGAAUCAAACAAACAAACAAAAAAGACGGCAUUACUUAUGAAAGAACUGGUACAAAAUCGAGAGAAAUAAAGAUACUUUUUCAUUCAUUGCA